GUCCCGCCCCAUCCUCCUCCUCAGGACCAGGGCAGGUUCAGCUGACGCCGCACUCCACGUGACGCUAGCGCCGAGUGAACAUGGCGUCCACCGCACGCCCUUCGUUCUCCCUGGGGAAUGAGACCCUCAAGGUGCCGCUGGCACUGUUUGCCCUGAACAGGCAGCGUCUGUGUGAGAGGCUGAGGAAGAAUGCCGCUGUUCAGGCCGGCUCUGCUGUUGUGUUGCAGGGAGGAGAAGAGAUGCAGCGGUACUGCACCGAUACCUCCAUCAUCUUCCGCCAGGAGUCCUUCUUUCACUGGGCCUUCGGCGUCAUCGAGUCGGGCUGCUAUGGUGUCAUUGACGUGGACACGGGAAAGUCAACCCUGUUUGUACCCAGGCUGCCUCCUAGCUACGCCACCUGGAUGGGAAAGAUCCAUUCCAAGGAGCAUUUCAAGGAGAAGUACGCUGUGGACGAUGUCCAGUACACGGACGAGAUUGCCAGUGUCCUGACCUCACAGAAGCCCUCUGCCCUCCUCACUUUGCGUGGUGUCAACACAGACAGCGGCAGUGUCUGCAGAGAGGCCUCCUUCGAGGGCAUCAGCAAGUUCAAUGUCAACAAUACUAUUCUUCACCCAGAGAUCGUGGAAUGCCGGGUGUUCAAGACGGACAUGGAGCUAGAGGUUUUGCGCUACACAAAUCGGAUCUCCAGCGAGGCCCACCGUGAGGUAAUGAAGGCUAUAAAAGUGGGAAUGAAAGAAUACGAGAUGGAAAGCCUGUUCCAGCACUACUGUUACUCUCGCGGAGGCAUGCGCCAUACCUCUUACACCUGUAUCUGCUGCAGCGGCGAGAACGCGGCUGUGCUGCACUACGGCCAUGCCGGGGCCCCCAAUGACCGGACGAUCAAGGAUGGAGAUAUGUGCCUGUUCGACAUGGGCGGAGAGUACUACUGCUUUGCUUCUGACAUCACCUGCUCCUUCCCUGCCAAUGGCAAGUUCACGGAGGACCAGAAGGCCAUCUACGAGGCGGUACUGAAGAGCCGCACAGCUGUCAUGAGCUCCAUGAAGCCAGGUGUCUGGUGGCCUGACAUGCACCGGCUGGCUGACCGGAUCCACCUGGAGGAGCUGACCCGCAUUGGCCUCCUGAGUGGCAGUGUGGAUGCCAUGCUCCAGGUCCACCUGGGGGCAGUGUUCAUGCCCCAUGGGCUCGGCCACUUCCUGGGCCUAGAUGUGCACGACGUGGGAGGCUACCCUGAGGGUGUAGAGCGCAUUGAUGAGCCUGGCUUGCGGAGUCUGCGCACAGCAAGGCACCUGGAGCCAGGCAUGGUGCUGACCGUGGAGCCAGGAAUCUACUUCAUCGACCACCUCCUGGACCAGGCCCUGGCAGACCCAGCCCAAGCCUGCUUCUUCAACCACGAGGUCCUGCAGCGCUUCCGCAACUUUGGUGGGGUCCGUAUCGAGGAGGAUGUUGUCGUGACUAACAGUGGCAUGGAGCUGCUGACCUGUGUCCCGAGGACCGUGGAGGAAAUUGAAGCAUGCAUGGCAGGCUGUGACAAGGCCUUUACACCCUCCUCUGGCCCAAAGUAGAGCAGCUGGGUGCUGGCCUUGUGAACCUUCUCUGUGAUGUCAGCCUGCCCAUGGCACCCCAUCAGCAAUCAGAUCCUGGAGCUCACAAUUGAUCCUACAAAACCAUCACUGCCGUUUCCAAGGGAGGACAGCAUUUUAUUAACCUGCAAGAUCACAUCCCUAACCUUGACUUUGCUUAAAUGACUGUUGAUUGAAAAAAAUCCUGUUCUUAAGUCACAACUCAGUUCUCCUGCUGCCAUUUAUAUCUAUGUGCUCAGGAAGGAUGCAUUUAUGUCUUCUCCAAAACAAUCAAUGUGCAGAAUGGAAUUUGCAAUAAAAGCUUUUCUGAAUGGC